AUGACGGGAUUUGUGGCAGUGCACACGGGUGCCGGAAAUUUCCUUGAUGAAUCGCUAUACCAAAACGUUUGCCGGGAGGCAUGUAGUCAAUCGGUGAAUGUGUUGUACGCCGGUGGCAGUGCGCUGGAUGCGUGCGAAAGGGCAAUCGUCAUUCUGGAAAACUCGACCGCCACCAAUGCAGGCAUUGGGUCGAACCUGAACUGGGACCGACAGGUGGAAUGCGAUGCGUGCAUCAUGGACGGGGCGUCGCUGCAGUUUGGUGCUUGCACCAGUGUGACCGACGUGAAGAACCCCAUCAGCCUAGCUCGCAACUUGUGCGAAAGACAAUCAAAACUGCUCAGCUUCGGUCGAAUACCACCGAUGGUGCUGGCCGGUCAGGGUGCGUCAGCAUAUGCACGUGAAAUUGGCCUACAGUUAGUACCUGCAGAACACAUGAUUUCUGGCAAAGCUGCCAAAAAGUACGAUCACUAUCGAUCCCAAAUCAUGCAGUACGAAGAAAUCAAUCGCUCCAAGCUGUCUCCUCUCGAUACGGUUGGUGCGGUGUGCGUCGAUGCGGAGGGUUCCAUCGUGGCCGGAUGUAGUUCGGGCGGUUUGAUGCUCAAGCUUAGCGGACGGGUGGGACAGGCCGCCACCUACGGUGCCGGAUGCUGGGCGAUGACGAACGAAAACACCAACAUGUCGGCUGCCUCGUGCACGACGGGCAACGGAGAGUAUUUAAUGAAAACCUUAUUUGCUAAGGAACUCGUAGACGACCUGAUAGGAUGCAACUGCCCUAUCACCUCGCAGCACCUAACGUAUAAAAAGAAGCUCCUUGAAUCACCGUUCCUAUCCAAGCAGAAAGCUAUUCACGCCGGUUCGCUUUCAGUAAUCUACAACACUGCCAGCGGUGAUGGCGAUCUGCUCUGGGCCCACACGACAAACUCCAUGUGUCUGGCGUUCAUGUCAACUAAGCAGAAAAAACCGAAGUUCGUAUUCUCUAAGCUUCCACAGAAUCUAACCUGCGGGACGAAACCAGUCAUAAAUGGGCAUCAUUUCAAGCUGAUCUAGUCCCGGGCUGUCCAACGCAGCUGCUACGCCGGAUGGGUUAGAUUGACGGCUCUCCCAUUGCCUAACUAUUCUCUCAAGUGAUUUACAAUCUGAUAGAGUUAGAAACCUAGCAAAGACAUAUUGCUCUACCUUCUGAAAUUCCUUGUACAUAUGAGAUGGCAAACGAUUCGAUUAAUUAUACUACAUUAAAGCACAGUAACAAGAACAACAAAACAAAUGAGA